AUGGCCGACGACGCAAUUCCAUCCAUCUCCACCGGUUCCGUCGGCUCUCGCUUCGUCUCCCAAACAGACCUCGAAACCGCCAAAGCACGACGCGAAGAGCAGUGGAAAGCAGCAUACGCUAGGUUAGGCCAAGAGCCUCCGCCACAGCAACAGGAAGAGAUAUAUGAUGGUCGUAGUCUAGCAGAGGCCGCAAAGCAGGAAGAAUGGGAGGAGAAGACGAAGCUUGCGAAUCAAUUUCGGGCGCUUGAGGAGGACGAGAUUAUGUUCCUCGAUUCGGUCAGGGAACAGCAGGAGGAAGAGGAACGACAGCGGAAAGAGCGCGACGGAGAGGAGGUUCGUGGAUUCAGAGAAGCCAUCGCGUCAAGGGUUAUUGUGAAGUCGCCACCAAUAGCCGCCCCAGCCGCCUCUCCACCUAUUGAUUCUGCCUCCGCUUCUAAACCCUCCGCCACCAAUAUCUCCCCCACGACGUUUACAUCGUCCAUAGUGAAGAAGCCAGCACCGACCGUUGCUGCUAAGAAGGAUUCCAAAAAGCCCCUGAAGGGCGUCGUGAUGAAGAAGAAACCAAAACCAGCAGGGGCCAAGCCAGCUUCAUCGAAACCGGUGGAGACAAAGCCAAAGGAUGACGCCGGGUCGAAACCAGAUCUUGGUGCCAAGAGCGUUGCUAAGACUAGGACAGCAGAGGGAGAGGAUGAAGAUAGACCGGAGGCGAAACGGCGGAAGGUAGGAGGCGAUUCGUAG